AUGACAUCAGUGGGUAAUAUAACUGAAGAUCUUUGUAAAAUAUGUGACGGAAGAAUUGAGUGCGCGCCCACAGCCAUCCUCCUGAUAACUCUUAUCCAUACCCUGUAUGGACAUAUUGGAUCCGAGCCAGACUACUUCGGUGAUAACAAAGACAUACUCAAGUCGGAAAGCAAGGCACGUAGCGAUAGUUUUACUCGGUACAAACCAGGUUAUAGGUAUAAACUUCUAGAAGAUGAUAGAAGUGAGGAUAGGUUUUCGAAGAAUUUAGAAUAUGAUUUCAUUGUUGUUGGAGGGGGCACGGCCGGUUGUGUUGUUGCGAGUCGACUGUCGGAGAAUAGGAAAUGGAAGGUUUUACUAAUAGAAGCUGGUCCUGAACAACCUAAAAUAGCUUCAAUUCCUGGCCUCACAAGUGAAUUCAAAGGUUCUGCUUUGGAUUGGCAAUAUUCUAUGAGACCGAAGAAAGGAUUUUGUCAAAACCGUCAUACAAAAGGCUGCGAAGUCGUGCAAGGCAGAGUUCUAGGGGGAACAUCGACAAUUAACGAUAUGGCGUACAUGAGAGGCAGUCCCGCAGAUUACGACGAAUGGGCCCUCAACGGCAAUGAAGGGUGGAGCUUUAGCCAAGUGCUGCCCUACUUUAAGUACUCAGAGGGGAAUUAUGACAAGGACAUAUCAAAGAGUAAAUUCUUUCACUCCACACAAGGGCCAUUAGAUGUAGGAAGAUACCCUUACGUUGAUGACAAUGUCGAUGUUCUUCUCAGUGCCUUCAAUGAACUAGGAUAUAAUUAUACCGACAUUAAUGGAAGGAAUCAGUUAGGUUUUAUGAGGAUACAGACUUUGUCUUAUUUUGGUGAGCGUGUUAGUUCAUAUAACGCUUUUAUUGAACCUAUUAGAAAACUGAGAACUAAUAUUGAUGUUGUUACAGAAGCUAUUGUAACCAAAAUAUUAUUAGAAGAUAAUAGAGAUAGCCUUAGAGCGACAGGUGUAGAAUAUAUUAGCAAUGGCACUAAAGUGACAGUGAAAGCAUCUAAGGAAAUUAUUUUAAGUGCAGGCGCGAUCAAUUCGCCCAAACUGUUGAUGCAGUCUGGUAUAGGACCUAAGGAGUAUUUAGAAUAUUUAGAUAUUAAAGUUUUUUAUGAUCUACCAGUGGGAGGAAAUUUUCAUGACCAUUUGUCAGUGUGCUUACCAGUCAUCAAACUUACGAAAACGGCCACUACUUCCAAUUUUUCGGAAAAGUUGAAAGAUAUAACAAAUUAUUAUUCGAAAGGCCAUGGACCUCUCUCGGCGAAUUUUCAAGUAGUUGCAUUUUUUGAAACAAGUGUGUCAGAAAUCCUCAGAACACCGGAUAUUGAAUUUAGAUUUCGCGGUCAUGAGUCAAAUAUGUAUUAUAAUAAGCUAGAUGUUUGUACUUCUCUUCUUACUCCUAAAAGUCGAGGACAAGUCGUAUUGAAUGGUACUGACCCUGUAUUCGGAACACCUUUGAUUUAUCCUAACUUUCUUAAACAUCCCAGCGAUGAAAAGAAGUUACUUGAAGGCAUACAGGAAGUUGUUAAACUGUUUGAUACAGAAGUUUUCAAGGAAGCUGAUUUUGAAUUUGAUCCACGACCGAUAUUGAAUAACAAAUGCAGUGAACAUGAAAGAGUUUCUGAAGAAUUCUGGUCUUGUAUAAUAAGACAGUUUUCAGCUCCAUUGCAUAAUUAUGUCGGAACUUGUAAAAUGGGACCUUCGAAAGAUCCCGAGUCAGUGGUUGACAAUAGUCUUAGAGUAUACGGCGUAAAUAAUUUAAGAGUAGUCGAUUCAUCAAUAAUACCCAAAAUAACGAGAGGCUCCAUAGCAGCCCCAGUGAUAAUGAUAGCUGAAAAAGCAAGCGAUCUAAUAAAAACUGCUUGGUAUUAA